CCGGGAGAUCGCAAUGUGAGAGCUGACACAAGGUACUGUAAUAGGAUAUAAUAUCCAAGCAUAUGUAUCGAGCUUGGGCCCACUGCACUAAUCCUACUAGAGUGACUCUGCCAGGGACAGAGAAGCUGGAUAAAGCCAAAGAAGAGACAAGGUGACCCUGAGCCAGGAUGGAUGAAGAACGAUCCGACUGGCUUGUACUUUCUUUGCACCAAUUGAUAUCAUGGGGAGCGUCAGCUGCUAUGAUCUUUGGGGGAAUCGUGCCAUACAUACCCCAGUACAGAGACAUUAGAAGAACCCAAAAUGCAGAGGGCUUCUCAGUUUAUGUAUGUCUUAUGCUACUAGUGGCCAAUAUACUGCGAAUAUUGUUUUGGUUUGGACGCCAUUUUGAAUCCCCACUACUAUGGCAGAGUAUCAUUAUGAUUGUCACCAUGCUGCUGAUGCUGAAACUGUGCACAGAAGUACGUGUUGCAAGUGAGCUGAACACAAAGCGACGCGCAUUUUCAGCCUCAGAUAGUAAGGAUGAAGAAUUCAAAACUCAUCCCAAGAGAUACUUUUUGGAUUUUGAUAUGAACUUCUUCUGGCACUGGAGCAGAUUUACAGACUACGUGCAGUGUGUGCUGGCGUUCACUGCUGUUGUUGGAUAUAUCACGUAUCUGUCCAUAGACUCUGUGCUCUAUGUAGAGACACUUGGCUUUCUAGCAGUAUUCACAGAGGCUAUGCUUGGUGUUCCUCAGCUGUACCGAAAUUAUCAGAACAGCUCAACAGAAGGCAUGAGCAUCAAAAUGGUUCUGAUGUGGACCAGCGGAGACACAUUUAAGACUGCAUACUUCGUUUUGAAUCAAGCUCCUUUUCAAUUUACCAUCUGUGGCCUCCUGCAGGUCAUUGUAGAUAUAACAAUCUUGCUGCAGGUGUACAUUUACAGCACAUAUCCUCAGAAGGCGGUAUCGCACAUAACACAUGCAACCAGUGCCAAAGCUCUAUGAUGUGGAGAACAUGUACUGUGUAAUCGUGUGCUUCCCAGUCCUAGAACUACUUCUGCACCACUGCAUAUGUAUAAUGCAUGUACCCAAAACACACGUUGGGGCAAAUAUCUAAAAACGGGAG